AUGUCAGAUAAUCCAAUUGUCACCGCGACUAACCAAAAUAUGCUUGAUGUCCUUCAAUCCCAAACUUAUGACCCAGUUAUUAAGUCCAACGCCGAGUUAAAUGCCGAGGUAGAUGUAGUGCAUCGUGGUAGCUCAGUAAUCAAAAAAGACUCCGCUGACGAAGAGGACGGCCUAGAACCGGACGACGCUGUCGACGACAAGCACAACGAUGCCAAUUGGAGCUCGAAAGCCGCUCAAAAGAAGCUUGACGUCAAAAUCACCGAGUGUAUCUAUGAUAGUAUCAGCAUGUCUGCCCCGCCGUUCCCAUUCGUGCAAGGUUGGGAUAAAGAUACAAUUUCUACCAUGAAAACCCCAAUCUUCUCACAGCCUCAGGAUAUGUCUGAUAACAAGCGUAAACGCAACAGAAAGAAGCAGAAAUGCAACAACAACGACUUCCAAGAGCAAGGUGGCUAUGAAGAGGACUACGACGGUUAUGAGGGUUACGAGGGCUGCGAUGACUACGGCAAUUGCCGUGGCUACUAUGGCUACUAG